AGUCGCCGUUGGCGGCGGCAGUAGCACCAGUAGCAGUAGCAGAGGCAGCAACCUCGAGCCACGCCGAGGGAUUCGCAGCUCACCGAAGCAGCCCUGAGCUCGGAGAAGCAGCGGCAGCCGCGGCGGCGGUGGCAGCAGUGACUGCAGCCCCUGCAGCAGGACAAGUGCAGUGGCUUAACCUGGAGCGGAGGACAGCCUAAGCAGUGAAGGCGGCUGCAGCCCAGAGACUGGGGCUAUCAUUUGUGCGUUUUAGGGCAGCCAGAGACACUGGAGAGAGAGGAGCCGCGGGAAGUUGGCGAAGGUGGGGGAGGGAGUGGACUGUGAUCUGUGCAUCUUCUAGCAGACCACCGGAGAUAACCGAGCAUCAGAGGGAAGCCCGCUCGGCUCGUCUUUCUAUCUUUGCUUUUUUUUUUUUAAUUUUUUUAUUUUUAAUUUUUUAUUUUUUAAACCUUUGGGGAAAGAGACGCUUUCACUUGCGAGAGUGAAGGGAAGCCAUCCCUAACCUCCUUCCCCAAAUCACUCCCCCUCCCCAAAUCACCCCUCCCUCUGCCCUCCCUUCCCCCUAUCCCUGUUGCCUUCGCGACUGGAUUGGGGAGGUAAAGACUGCACCCUCCCGGGAGGAUGGCCAGCCCGCCACAGAACGGGCUCCUGACCCCCGCGAAUUCCUCCAACGGAGGAGGAGGUGGCGGCGGCACCAACCUCAAUAACAACAACAACAACAACAACCACAGCGUGCGGAAGUGCGGCUACCUGAGGAAGCAAAAACAUGGGCACAAACGCUUUUUCGUGCUUCGGGGCCCUGGGAGCGGCAGCGAAGAGCAGGGCGGUGGGGGAGCCGGGGGCCAGCCACCCCUGCCCGCGAGGCUGGAGUACUAUGAGAAUGAGAAAAAGUGGAAGAACAAGUCGGGGGCCCCGAAAAGGGUGAUCGCCUUAGACUCUUGCCUCAACAUCAACAAGCGGGCGGAUGCCAAGCACAAGUAUCUGAUCGCCCUCUACACCAAGGACGAGUACUUCGCUGUGGCAGCCGAAAAUGAACAGGAGCAGGAGGGCUGGUACCGAGCGCUCACGGACCUGCUCAACGAGGGCAAAGCCGCCUACGACUCGAGCUCUCUCUACCCGCACUGCCUGUCCGGCACCUCAUCGGCCAGCGCCUCGUCCUGCAGCGCCUCCCUGCCUGGUUCGGGCGGCAGUGGCUCUUUCGGGGCAGCAGCUGAAGAUCUCCACUACGGACUGAUCACCCCGGCCAGCGCGGCGUACCGGGAGGUCUGGCAGGUGAACCUGAAACCCAAAGGACUGGGGCAGAGUAAGAAUCUGACCGGGGUGUAUCGGCUUUGCCUCUCUGCGCGCACUAUCGGUUUUGUAAAGCUCAACUGUGAGGUGCCUUCGGUCACCCUACAGCUGAUGAACAUCCGGCGCUGUGGCCACUCGGACAGCUUUUUCUUCAUUGAAGUGGGACGCUCUGCGUCCACCGGCCCGGGUGAGCUCUGGAUGCAGGCGGAUGACUCCGUGGUGGCCCAGAACAUCCAUGAAACCAUCCUGGAGGCCAUGAAAGCCCUAAAGGAGCUGUUCGAAUUCCGUCCCCGAAGCAAAAGUCAGUCUUCGGGCUCCUCUUCCACCCACCCCAUCAGCGUCCCUGGCACCCGGCGUCACCACCACCAUCAUCUGGUAAACCUGCCCCCCAGCCAGACUGGGCUCCUGCGUCGCUCCCGAACCGACAGCCUGGCCGCCACGCCUCCCACCGCCGGCGCCCCCAUUUCGACCCAGGCUCCAGGAUCUGGGAAGUGCAACUCCUGUCGGGUACGCACGGCCAGUGAGGGCGAUGGCAGUAGCAGCGGCGGUGCAGGAGGGGUGGGCUGCAGGCCAGUUUCAGUGGCCGGCAGCCCCAUGAGUCCCGGCCCGGUGAGGACUCCCCUGAGUAGGUCCCAUACUCUGAGCAGCAGCUGCAGCGCCUCCAUGCGACCUAAUAAGAUGAUGUUAGCCCCAGCGGGGGGGCCCCUGCAACACAGCCGAUCCAUGUCUAUGCCGGUGUCCCAUUCGCCUCCGUCUGCCACCAGCCCUGGCAGCCUCUCCUCCAGCAGCGGGCAUGGCUCAGCUUCUUACUCCCUGCCUCAAGGACAGCAUCAACAUCCACACCACCUUCACCACCACCAGGGCCAGAGGCCCUCUAGUGGCAGUGCUUCUGCUUCUGGCUCCCCCAGUGACCCAGGCUUCAUGUCCUUGGAUGAGUACGGCUCUAGCCCUGGGGACCUGCGGGCCUUUUGCAGCAACCGAAGCAACACUCCUGAGUCCAUUGCUGAGACCCCACCAGCGAGAGAUGGCAGUGGGACUGAACUAUAUGGAUACAUGACCAUGGAGAGACCCCUAAGCCUUUGUGGCCGAACCUACCGAAGAGUGUCUGGGGAAGGGGCCCUAGAUUUGGACAAAGGUCACAGAAAGAGGACUUAUUCUCUGACCACACCUGCUCGACAACGUGCAGUGCCCCAAGUCUCCUCUGCCUCCCUUGAUGAAUAUACUCUGAUGAGGGCCAGUUUUGCGGGCAGUUCAAGCCGCCUUUAUCCAGCCUCUUCUCCCAAAGUGACCUACAACCCAUACCCAGAGGACUAUGGGGACAUUGAGAUUGGCUCCCAUCGGAGCUCCAGCAGUAACCUUGGAGCAGAUGAUGGCUACAUGCCCAUGACUCCUGGAGUGGCCCCACUGGCAGGGGGCAGCAUUGGAAGCUGCAAAAGUGAUGACUACAUGCCCAUGAGUCCCACCAGUGUCUCUGCUCCCAAACAAAUACUGCAGCCACGGAUGGCAGCAGCCUCUUUGGCUACAGGUGCAGCAUCUCAAACAGCCUCAUCAGCAACAAGUGGAAGAGGCUCCCCGCUGAAUGGUAGCAGCUACAAGACCAGUUCUCCAGCUGAAAGCUCUCCUGAGGAUAGUGGGUACAUGCGGAUGUGGUGUGGUUCCAAGCUCUCAGUGGAGAGCUCUGAAGGCAAGCUACUUCCCAAUGGAGAUUACCUUAACAUGUCCCCUAGUGAUGCGGGAGCUUCUCUUACCCCACCUGACUUCUUCUAUGAUUCAGUCCCAUUGCCUGGUGGUGGAGAACCACCAAAGGGAGCCCCAGGCUGCUGUUAUAGUUCACUGCCCCGUUCUUAUAAAACUCCCUGUCCUCGAAAUGGGGAUAGUGACCAGUAUGUAUUCAUGAAUUCUCCAGUGGGGAGGAGGAUUGUGGAAGAGGAGCAAGAGCAGCCAAGUCUGCAGCCACUGCCCAACACAACUACCCCCUGUACCCAGCCUACUAGGCCCUUUGUAUCUAAUGGGGGCAGCCACUCCCAACCUCACCACCUAGUGCCUUCAACAGUUAGGCAGAGUGGCAGUAGCAGUGGCAACAAUAACCGUCCAGAAAGUUUCCUCAUUCAGCGUUGCAGAGCAGUCCGGCCCACUCGGCUGUCCCUAGAGGGGCUUAGAACCCUUCCAAGCAUGCAUGAAUAUCCACUACCACCUGAGCCCAAAAGCCCAGGUGAGUACAUCAACAUUGACUUUAGUGAAUCUGGAGCCCACCUCUCACCACCUCCACCUCCCCUGCUAACUUCAGCAGCCUCAUCUUCAUCACUACUCUCAGCUAGCAGCCCUGCCUCUUCAAUGGGUUCAGGUACCCCUGGCACCAGUGGUGACAGCCGGAGGCGCUCUCCCCUCUCUGAUUAUAUGAACCUUGGCUUUGGCUCACCCAAGUCACCCAAAUCUGGCACUGAGGGUGGUGGCUCUGUGGGCUCUUUGGAUGCCUUGAUGUCCCCUGAGGCUUCCUCACCCUGCCCACCACUGCCAACACCACCUGCCUCCUCCUCUACUUCCUCCUCACAGCAGCAGCAACUACCACCUCCACCACCAGGAGAGCUGUACCGCCUGCCUCCAGCUUCUUCUACCUGCCACCCAACCCCUGUCUCUGCCUCCUCCCCUUCUUCUCCCCCUGAGACAGAGGAUAGUGGUGACUACACCGAGAUGGCCUUCGGCAUAGCCGCCACUCCACCACAACCCAUUGCAGCACCUCCGAAGCCAGAAAGUGCCCGGGUGACCAGCCCUACAUCUGGUGUGAAGCGACUGAGUUUGAUGGAGCAGGUGUCUGGUGUAGAGGCCUUCCUCCUGGCCAGCCCACCCCCAGAUCCACACCGGGGUGCCAAGGUCAUCCGUGCUGACCCACAGGGUGGCCGCAGACGCCACAGCUCGGAAACCUUCUCCUCGACCACUACUGUGACCCCUGUGUCCCCAUCCUUCGCGCACAAUCCUAAGCGCCACAAUUCGGCCUCUGUGGAAAAUGUCUCUCUCAGGAAAAGUGGCGAAGGGCCCAAUGGCAAUGGUGGUGAGAGUCUUGGAGGAGGUGAGGAAGAGCCAUCCACAUCUCCUCACCUUCGGCAACCAUCACUCCCUCUGCCACCUCAGUCUCAGCAGCUGAGGUGGACACAAAACCAACCUGGAGCAUUAGUUGGUUGCCCUGGGAGCAGUGGCUCUCCUAUGUGUCGGGAGACAUCAGCAGGCUUCCAGAAUGGUCUCAACUACAUUGCCAUUGAUGUUAGAGAUGAAGCUGGCUUAUUGUUACAGCAGCAGCAGCAGUCUGGAGACAAGAAUUCCUGGGCCCUGACCCGUGGCCUCAGUGGCCUCAUCAAUGGUGGAAGUGGCAGCAGUACAGGUGGUUGUGUGGGGCCAGGCUCUGGACCCUUGCCCACAACCAACACCUAUGCUAGCAUUGACUUCAUGACCCAUCACCUGAAGGAGGCUACAGCUGUGAAAGAGUGAAAAAUCUGGCUAGAUCACCAUGACCUCAUACACCGGAGUAUAACGUUAACAACAGAAGCUGCUCAGCAUUUGUUAUUUCUUAAUCUGAAGCUGCUUAUGGUUUACUUUUCUUUUUUGAUCUGGGCAGUUACUUAACUUUUGAGAUGAUAAUGGACUACAUUAGACAAGGAAUCAUCAAAGAAAGGAAAACGACCUGCCUCACUUGUUUCCUGUUUUUUGGCAUCUAUCAUCAUGCUGCUGUUUGAGAAAGUUAAUUGAAGAAGCUAUUCUAUAAAAAUCUGGACCUUUUUAGCUGACCACCUGAAGGGGUGGCCAUUGCCUUCAUUUCCUUCUUUCUUUUCUCCUUUUUUUCUUUUCUCUCCCCUCCCCACCCUUAUAAAGACAAACUGUAUUUAUCCCUUAGCAUGCUAGGAGAUUCUGUAAAACCCACUAAAGCAGUAAAAUCUGGUAUUUACUGGUAUACUCUCAAAACUACCACAGUCCUACCUCAAUUCAAAGUAAAACCGGAUUUGUAUUGUUGGGGUAUGGCAGGACCUCCUUUAUAUCUCUAUGCUGAAUGUUUCUGAAGAAUGGUCAUCAGCCUUAUUGAACUCAUUCAAGUGUAUACAGCAGCUUGCUGGAUCUCAGUUUCACUAGCUGUAGGGCUUAUUUAGAGACAGAGAGCUCAGAAUGGAACUGAACAGUCUCCAUAAAUGAAAAUUUUAUGUUGGACUUCAAAGAUGG